AUAGAAAGCCACAAAAACUUGUCAAGUUCGUAGUCGAAAUUCACCAUCAAAAUUCGCAGUUUUUGUUUUUUUUUUUUAAAGAUGUACAACAUUGGCAACAGUUCGGAAAUGAGUUCUAAUGCCACCAUAGUAAAUGUGGGCAGUGCGAUGAAGACGACAAAAACCCAAAACAAAAUUCGUCAUCGCAGCCGGAGUCCAUGUAGGAGCCACAGUCGUAGUCGGAGUAGAAGUAGGAGUCAAAGUCCUGGUGCGAUUUCGGAGAUUAUGAAAUUAAAUCCAUCGGAGAUGCCAUCAAAUAGUCGCCGGGCAUUUCUACAGCAUAUGGUGGAUAGUUUGCCCAAGACGGUUCAGAAUCGUGUGCUGGCUUUAAAGCACAAUCAAUUGCAACAGAUUAAAAUAUCGGAGCAGUUUUUCCGUGAGGUCUAUGAGCUGGAGAAACGAUUCUAUGGUCAGAGCUGCACGUUGUUUGAUGCCCGCCGUGAUAUUGUCGCCGGCAAUGUGGAACCUCCAACAAUUGAGCGCUAUUGGCACGAGGAGCCCGAUGAGUUGCUCGAGGAGAUUAAGGCGACGGCGGAAUUUCGACAGAUGACCGAACAGCUACAGCAACAGUUGCCCGCUAAUGCGGUGGGCGUGCCACAAUUUUGGUUAACAGUGUUUCGGAAUGUAGCACUCAUCUCGGAUCUGGUGCAGGAGCAUGACGAGCCAUUGCUUGAGUGCCUGGUGGAUGUGAGGAUAAGCUACGAUCCGGACAGCUAUACCAUACACUUUCAGUUUCGUCCCAACGAAUAUCUGCACACCUCAUCGCUGCUGCUCACCAAGAAGUAUAUUCUACGCCAUGAGGCGGACAAGGAUUUUCCAUUUAUGUUCGAGGGUCCAGAGAUUGUGCGCUGCGAGGGAUGCCACAUCCACUGGCGUGAUGGCUGCAAUCUCACCUUACAAACAGUUCGGCAAAAACGUCCACGCAAAGGAGCACGCAAUAUGCCAAAGGUGAUGCCACGCGAGUCCUUCUUUCGGUUCUUCUCCCCUCCUCAGGCAAUGGAUCUAUCGUUGGCCGAUGAGAAGACCAAAAUGGUGCUUGGAGCUGAUUUCGAGGUUGGCUAUUUGCUGCGCACACAAAUUGUGCCCAAAGCCAUACUCUUUUAUACCGGCGACAUUGUGGAUAAUGCCAACGACGAACUGUGCACAGCGGACAAUACAUCGGCAUCCAUAUCCUCCGGGUCGCAUGGUGACCAAGAUAACCGUAGGGAACGGGAACCAAAGGAUUAUCCCAGUAGCAGCAGUUGCAAACCUAAAUAGAAUUUUAAGAUUUCUCAUUAAUAUGC